CAAAGACAUUCAUCAUUUCAUGGGAGAACAGUAUUGGGUGUGUUUGGUUUUGAGGGAAACAUAGAGGAGAGAGAGAUCAAAGAGUGAUAGAGAGAGAGAGACACACACAGAGAGAGAGGAUCUGAUCAGGAUGACGAUCACGAUGAACCGUCAGGAUCAUAUGCUACACUUCUCUCAACUCUACGCUGAUGCAUUCACCACCCAAAUGGUAACCCAACAAGGAGGUGAGUCGAAACCAAGACGACGCCGUAAGAAGAGCAAAGGAGGAGAAGGCGGCGGCGCCGGCGGGAUCAAGAAGAGGAAGCUAAGCGAGGAACAAGUGAGUCAACUUGAGUCUUACUUCGGAAAUGAACAUAAGUUGGAGUCGGAAAGAAAGGACCGCCUCGCUUCUGAACUGGGUCUUGAGCCUCGCCAAGUUGCCGUUUGGUUCCAGAACCGAAGGGCUCGUUGGAGGAACAAGAAACUGGAGGAAGAGUACUCCGUUUUGAAGAAAGAACAGGAAAGCACCCUUUUCGAGAAAUGCCGGCUUGAGUCUGAGGUUGUGAAGCUGAAGGAGCAACUGUCGGAGGCAGAGAAGGAGAUCCAACGGCUGUCGCAACAACGCGCGGAACCGGUUCGGAGCAACAGCACGAGAUCGUCGUCGCCGUCGGAGGAGACGACAAUGGGGGCGCAAGCGGCGUUUAUUGGGGAGUUCGAGAUGGACGAAUACGGCGACGUGUUUAACACGCCGGCAUUCUAUUACGCGCAGGGGAUCGAUUGGAUCAAUCAGUAUAUUUAGAGAUCGAUGAUGAGUGUUUUGUAGAUAUUGAGAAGCUUAAUGUAAAUAUACCCUUUUCGAUCGUUUUUUUCCAAGCUAUGUAGCUAGCUAGCUAGCUAGUGUUUGAUGAUCAGAUCAGUGUAUUAAUUUGACUAGACUGUGGAAAUUAAUUAAUGUUAAUUAACUUAUUAUUAUUAAUAUUGA